AUAAACAAUCUUCGCACGCGGGCUGACUUUGGAUUGAUUGAUCUUCAGUCCCACGUGCGUUUCUUGUCGAGACGCCGCAGCGGCGCAGCUCACAGUUUCACCUCCGCUGUUUAAACUUUAAUAGCGUCCAGGCAAAAUGGAGAAACUGAAUUUUUAUGCUGUUUGGUCCCUGCGUGACACUCCUCGACAGUUUAGUUGCAAAUCUAACAGAAGGCGCUUCCAAGUCCACGUCCCCCUGCCUCUCCCCAAACAGCUGGUCAUCUUCGGAUUUGGAGACUGGUCGUGCAAAGACACAGCAUUCUCUGCGGAGGUGGUGGUCAGUGAGGACGUCCAGCCACAGAACAUAGGGACUCUGUCCUCACAGAUAAAGUGUUUGACCUGGGAAGGUGACUGGAGUGAUGACAUCAUCACAGUGUCUGAAGAGAGAGGCAGGAGAGGAAUGUAUGGGAAGAUUGUGUUGAAGGCCUGCAGAGAGGAUAACACCAGUGUCAGCAGCACCUCUUUGGCCCAGAGGAAACUCCAGAUCUCAGGACCAUGCAGUGUGGCUGAUCUCUCCAGCUCAAUACAGGAAACUCUUGAAACUGAAACGCAGAUAAUCUCAGAAUCCUCACACAUGAGCCACAGUGUUUGUUAUUCUAAGUUCCCAGUGAUUAAAGUUGAGACCAGUGACUUUCCUCACCCUGCAGCUCGGCCUUUGGAUAACACCAGUGUCAGCAGCACCUCUUUGGCCCAGAGGAAACUCCAGAUCUCAGGACCAUGCAGUGUGGCUGAUCUCUCCAGCUCAAUACAGGAAACUCUUGAAACUGAAACGCAGAUAAUCUCAGAAUCCUCACACAUGAGCCACAGUGUUUGUUAUUCUAAGUUCCCAGUGAUUAAAGUUGAGACCAGUGACUUUCCUCACCCUGCAGCUCGGCCUUUGGAUAAGACACCAACACGUACUGUCAAUAAUCGGAGAGCCCGCCCGACGUGGAGCUCCGAUGAAACAGACAGUCUCACAGAGGACACGGACAAAACUCCCACUUCCAAAAGGACAAAACUGUGCAGCAUUAACAUCCGGGAGAAAAUAACUGAGCAGAUUAAAAACGAAAGCAGGGAAGUUUCAGCAUGUCCAUCAAAGCGCUGGAGCCACACUCUGUGUCUGAGUGACCCAGAUACGGCUGUCCUGAUUGGAGGGGAAACUUCGAAUCAGAACUACUGUGAGGAUUCGCUGUGGAAGCUUGAGUUGGACAGUAACUUCUGGUUCCCAAUGAACUCGUCUGCUACUGGACCAGUGCCUCCAUGUACCCGAGGACACACAGCGACCUUUGACCAAGAUUCUAAGGCAGUCUUUGUGUACGGUGGCCUGAGGGAGAGUCAGUGCUACAGCGAGCUGUACAUCCUUAAUACUCUGACCUGGAAGUGGAGACUUGUCACUGUAGGUUUGUUCGAGAAUCACUGCUCCUGGACGAAGUCCAUUCAGGCAAAAGGGAAAGUGCCGGCUUUAUCAUACCAUUCAGCAGUUUUCUACCAGAAAGAGCUUUUUGUCUUCGGAGGAGUUCAGCCAAGCAAUGGACUGGGAGAUAAAUGCAGCAACGCUCUCUACAUCUUCAACCCAGAAUAUGAGCUCUGGUACCAGCCCAUUGUGGAGGGAGACAAGCCUCUGCCUCGCUUUGGGCACUCAGCUACGCUUCUUGGACAGAAACUGGUCAUUUUUGGAGGACAAAUGACUGCUGCCUACUUAAAUGAUCUUCAUGUUUUAGAUCUGGGACUGAUGGAGUACACAGCUGUGAAAUGUGCGAACAGGCCACCAUUGCCUCGAGGGUUUCAUGCAGCAGCUCCAGUGUUGGGAAACAGGAUUUUGAUCAGUGGAGGCCGCAGUGCAAUUGGACCCCUGCAGGAUGUGCAUGUCUUCAACACUGACACCGGCAUGUGGAGCUCAGUGACAUGUCCACUGCUUUGCUCUAAACCCUGUGCAGGACACAGCAUGAUAAAUUUACAAACUGAGCAAGGUGAAAACAGAAAUAUCAAGUGCACAGUGCUGGUCUUUGGUGGGUCUGACUGCUCUGGUUCCUUCUACAACGACACACAAAUAUUUCGCCUGGAAAUCACUGACAAAUGAUUAUAUCCAUGCAGUCGCAGACAACUGAUGUGAAAGAAAAGUGGUUUAUUUUGCUUUAUUCUGGUUUGAAUUAUUCAUAAUGUGACCUCAAAUUGUGUACCAGUAAUAAGAUGUAUGCACUAAUACCUGAAGUUUUGCACUUUGCAUAACAAAUCUUUUAUUUGCAUGUUUUGGAUAUUACGAAUUUGUGCGUUGUGUGUUGGUAAAACAUUUUUACAUAAUGCUGUGGAAUAUUUUAUGAGUUUCAUUGUUAAUGCUGAUUAAAUAAAAACACUUGUUUAAAGUACUUUAUUUAA